CUCAUUUGUAACAGUUCCCAUUGAUGCCAAGUUAAUGUUAUUUUAACCGAAAACCUUUAGAGGUCAUGUCGUGUUUCAGAAUACUUGUGUAUCUGUGGUUAAUACGAGUUACCUGUGUGAGUGCUGAUUCUCUUCCUGCUUCGGGUCCAUUCAAGACUUCCAUUGCCAGCAUCACAGACUGCGCCAAACCUGCGAAGCCUUACAUGAAGAACCCUCCAGUGGUCUUCCAGUCUACCACCAACAACAGCACUUUGAGUGGAAACAUCACAUUCUUUAGGGAUACUAAGAAUAUGAAGAUCAGAGUCAAAAGUUUCAUACCACGUGAUGGCAAAUGGGAGCAAUUGUACCUGAUAAACAACCUGGACUGCCAUGGCAUGGUGCUACAUCUAAUUUGUGUCACCAUGAACAUCAAGUAUGAUAGGAAGAAUUGUCUCUAUUACAAGGGUUCCUACGUCUUCGAAAAUUUGGACGUGAAUCAAUUACUGCAUCUCUGGGUGUCUACUGCGCCGUACGGUCAUAUUAUGUGGAGAUCUGAGACAUACUCACAACAAGGAACCUUUUCUUGUAAAGAGUUUGAAACUGUUAUAGAACCAGCGUUUUCUUAA